AUCGACCAGCAACACCCGCCCACACAGCCAAGAUGGGUGCCCACAAGUAUCUCGAGGAGCUUCAAAAGAAGAAGCAGAGCGAUGUCAUGCGCUUCUUGCUCCGCGUUCGUUGCUGGGAGCUCCGCCAGCUGAACGUCAUCCACCGCGCCUCGCGCCCAUCCCGCCCAGACAAGGCCCGCCGCCUCGGAUACAAGGCCAAGCAGGGAUAUGUCAUCUACCGUGUGCGUGUUCGCCGCGGUGGUCGCAAGAGGCCAGUGCCAAAGGGUGCCACCUACGGCAAGCCAACCAACCAGGGUGUGAACCAACUCAAGUACCAGCGCUCGCUCAAGUCCACCGCCGAGGAGCGUGUUGGCCGCCGCUGCGCCAACUUGCGCGUGCUUAACAGCUACUGGAUCAACCAGGACUCGACCUACAAGUACUACGAGAUCAUCCUCGUUGACCCACAGCACAAGGCCAUCCGCAAGGACCCACGCAUCAACUGGAUCGUGAACCCAGUGCACAAGCACCGCGAGUCUCGUGGUCUGACUGCCACCGGCAAGAAGAGCAGAGGUCUCAACAAGGGCCACCGCUACAACAACACCAAGGCCGGCCGUCGUCACACCUGGAAGCGCCAGAACACCCUGUCUCUCUGGCGCUACCGAUAAGUGGGAAGUUGAAAGCGGUUGUCGAGAAUUUAUGGAAGUCAUGCUGCAUCACCUUCGCGCUGGAGUUGCAACGGUAUGGGCAAGUCUAUUGCACGUUGUCAGAGGGCAUAUGGCGUGCAUUUUGUGCGGUCCACCUCCGGUCACGUAGCGAAAGCCGGCGUGUCGGGCUAUGUGAAAUGAGAUCAAAUUACCACGAUUGACUUCCGAGCGUCGACCCUCGGUCUCAUUUCCUUCCAACCACGACUUUGAAGCGCCUUCAAGUCUCAAACGUAAUCUCAUGAGCUAAAUGUAUGUGCGAACGCGUGAAGAAGUG